CUUCGUUGCAGUGAAAAAAGUAAAUCAGUGUUCGAUAUUUCGGCAAAGUAGUGUUCGCGGCAAGUGCGUGUGCGAGCCAUGUGCGAGCUGGCCGUCUAUACCGGCUGGUAAUUCGUCGUGGUGGUGCCUAGGCUGGCACUGCUGGCCUGCAACUUCGUUCUAUCUAUAAUAGAACGAAAAUCAUACACGGAUUGGAGAAAAGAGCAUCAUCAAAAACCGCAAGUAACUCGGUAUAAGUCGAAAUUUUCGACCACCGCCAUUCCUCAUUUUUAAAUAAGGAGUGAAGUUUGCGCGACCCGCAGCCAUCUUGCAGAACUUCGCAGCGGUUUUUGACAUUUUGUGUCAACUGUCACGUUUGACAUUGACGUAAAUAAAAAUCAAAACAAAGUGCUAUCAACGUCUUUGUGCAUUCGAUUAAAAGUGUUUGUGCCUUCGUUCGUUAUAAUAAAAAACAUUAAAAUGUCUAGCGAUAUGGAUAAAUUAAAAAAACUACGCGUUAUACGCUCACAGUGCAAAGGAACCAUUACAAGAAUCGACAGUUUUGUCAAGGAUCCAGAAACUUUGGCAGCCGCCAGCGCCGAUAUAUUAGAGGCGCGUAAAGAGAAGCUCAUUUCCACCUUAAAAAAUUACGAAGAGGUGCAAAUGGACAUCCUUAGCAUUGAUGAGAACGACGGUGAACAGGUGGGAGAGGUUGAAGACAAAUAUUAUUCUAUAUUAGCCAAAAUUAAUAGCUCCCUUAAAAUGCUAAACACGAAAGUGACUGCGGAGUGCCACAACGCAUCCACAUGUAAGUUGCCCACAAUCGAAAUACCCUUUUACGAUGGAAAGGAUUUCACUAAAUUUAAACCUUUUUUCGACUUAUUCACAGCUGUCAUUGAUCAGAAUAGCUCACUAUCUGAUGUGCAAAAGCUUUUUUAUUUGCGAAAGUACCUACAGGAGGAUGCGUUGGCGGUUAUUUUGAAUUUACCAUUGAUAAAUGAAUCAUAUAAGGAAGCAAUAAAAUUAUUAAAAAAGAGAUUUGAGAACAAGGCUAGAUUAGUAGCAAACCAUAUAGGUAUAUUAUUAGAUAUUUCUAGUAUACAAAAAGGCACAGCGGCUUCCAUACGAACAUUUGUUUCACAAAUUAAUCAACAGUUGCAUGCAUUAAAAAAUUUAGAUGAACCCGUUGAUAAAUGGGACAUGCUUUUAAUAUCAAUAUUGACUCGUAAGCUAGAUCAAUUCACACACCGGGCUUACCAGUUAGACCGGGACUCUGAUACCAUGCCUACUAUGGCUGGUUUCAUUGAAUAUUUAGAAAAGCGUGCUAUAGCGCUCGAAGAUAGUCAUCAAAAUAAACAUAGUACCUACUAUGAUGGUACCAACAAACAUUUAAAUAAUAAAAGUACUUGCUAUGAAGGUACUCAUAAAUCAAUACCUAAGGUCACAAAUGUGGUAUCGAAGUCGUUACCGCCCUGUAGGUAUUGUGCUAAUAAAGACCAUCAGAUAUAUAACUGUCCCAUAUUUAAAAUGUUACCUACAGCUCAAAGGCAAUCUUAUGUAAAUGAAAAGCAAAUGUGUAAUGUAUGCCUUAAUAAUCAUGAUGGUAAAUGUAAAUUUAGUUUUAAAUGUAAAAUGUGUAAACAGGGCCACAACACAUUGCUGCAUCAGGAGCGCAAUGUGAAUGUGGACAACCCCAGGACAAAUAAUGAUGUCAGUCAGCAGCCACUAUCAUCUGAUACUGGGUUGCAUAAAAACUGAAAAUGGACCGGUAUUCCAGAAUACCAUGUUAGGAUAUAUUGUCGGAGGAAGUAUUCCUGAAAAAGGUACCACAUGUAAUAUUGUAACAAAUUUAGUCAAUAUAUCUGAUGGUGAAAAAUUGGAAAAUGUAAUGGAGCAAUUCUGGCUUUCUGAAAAACUUCCUGAAGUGGAAAAAUCUACAAAUGAUGAAUUUGUACAAGCUGAAAAAAUAUUCCAGGACUCUGUUUCAGUAAAAGACAAUAGAUUUUAUGUUGAUAUGCCAUUAGCUUUCCCCAUGGAAGAGUUAGAGUUAGGUGACUCAUUUUCUGUUGCCUAUAAUAGAUUCAUAACGUUAGAAAAAAGGUUCAAAAAUGAUCCUUUGCUAUUUGAACAAUAUAAAAAAUUUAUUGACCUGUACCUGGAACUAGGACAUGCAAAGAUAGUUGAUAUAGAGGGUUAUGAUUUAAAUGGUCCUGUGUUUUUUCUAGGACACCACUGCGUGUUCAAUCUGUCAAGUCGAACCUCACAUCAUCGUGUGGUCUUUGAUGGAUCGAUGAGAUCUAGAAAUGGGACAUCGCUGAAUCAAGUCAUGCUGAACGGACCUGUUGUACAGAGUGAGCUCUUUGACAUUCUUAUUUUGUUCAGGACUUAUCCAUUUAUUUUAACUUGUGAUAUUCAAAAGAUGUUUCGCAAUGUUUUUAUAAAUGAACAUCAAUGCGGACUUCAAAACAUUUUAUGGCGCGAUUCGCCCAAAGACCCUAUCAACUGCUUGCAGCUUCAAACUGUUACAUACGGUUUAAAAUCAAGCACAUUUUUAGCUACAAGAGCUUUAAAGGAGCUAGCUAAUAUGCAUAAGGACCAGUUUCCUUUGGCCGCUCAGGCUAUUUAUAAAAAUACAUUUGUUGAUGAUGUGCUGACUGGUGCUGAUGAUGUGGAGACACUUCAGGAGCUGAAAAGGCAAAUUGUAGAGCUUCUAAAAUUAGGUAGUUUCUCAUUACAUAAAUGGUGUUCGAACCAUGCUCCAGUUUUGAGCGAUAUACCAGUUGAGCACAGACAAAUUGAUAGUGUAGAGAUAGGUAAAAAUGACACAGUGAAGACUUUAGGUCUUACACUCGAAAUAAAUUCAGAUAAAUUGAGUUUCUCUUGCCCUGCAAUUGAUGAGGCAACAAUACUGAACACAAAAAGAAAAAUUCUCAGCUUUAUAGGGAAAAUGUUUGACCCACUUGGUUUAAUUGGCCCAGUAAUUGUGGUGGCCAAACUAUUCAUGCAAGAACUCCAUAGCUCUAUGCGUAAAGAUUGGGACUCUACAAUCCCAAAUGAACAAUUCCUAUACUGGGCAAAGUUUUUAAAUAAUUUAAUGCAAAUGGGUCAAAUCAAAAUAGAAAGAUGUGUUAACUUUAAAUUGGUAUCACAUGUAGAGCUAGUAGGAUAUGCCGAUGCAUCUCUUAAGGCUUUCGGGAGCUGUCUCUACCUAAGAGUUUUUAUGACUGAUGGCUCGGUUCAAGUGAACUUAUUAUGUUCCAAGCCCCGUGUGUCGCCACUUUCUAAAUCUCACACUAUACCUCAAUUGGAGCUUUCUGCUGCUCUACUUUUAGCACAAUUGCGGGACCGUGUUACUGAAACGAGCGAUCAGUUUUCCGCAAUUCUCGUGAGUUAUGAUCUGACGGAUUUUUCACGAGGAAAAGCUUGCAUCGGAUUAUUGCGGAUGGAGCGUGUUGAUAAUUUAGCGUUUAAUGAAGCAAGCCUGCUGCGUUUCUCCGGCGGAAGAUGGUAG